CCCUGCAGUGCCGCUCUGUGUGUCUUUAAGCAGCUUUUUCAGUUGAGCAGAUCACUGUUUGUUCAGUCUGUCAAUGAGUAAACGUGGAACAGGAACAAAAGCUGACCAGAACCAGUACUCUGCACGCAGCUGAAGGAAGCUGCUCACCUGUGGGGGGGAAGUCUCCCGGUUCACCCCGUCUCCAUGGCGUCACUGGAGUCAGAGCUCACUGCCUCCUCUCUCCCAUCGGGUCUCGUCCUCGUCUUCAUCCUGCUCCUCCUCCUCCUCACCAUCUUCCUCACGCCUCUCUGCAGCGACUGCAACAGACGUUCUUUUGAGCUGAAAGAUCCAGAAGCAGCAAAAAGUCCUUCGGCUCUCAUCCGAGUGGUGAGGCUGGAGGAGGUCAGAGAGAACCCCAUGAUCGAAAAGAUCCAGAAGGAUGAGCAAGAGUUUCAUCCUAAAGGGGAAGCGCCAGUCAUUCCCUCCCAAAUCCAGCAGGGGGAGCCGCAGACUAAUAAAGACUCACUUCCUGGUGGAACCCCUGUUUCCUUCAUUCCUUGGAGAAGCCACCUGAUGGCGCCAGAGAGCAAAGAUUUAAACGGCACUGCCCCUUCAGACUCCGACUCCCACCUCUUUAACCCCAUGGAGUGUGGGCGGAGCAACGACAUCCCAUCACCUCCAGCCAAUGACAGUCCUGCUCAGCAACGCCAUGGUAACGGUGAACCUCGUUCUGCUGUCACACUGCACUUUAGCGGUCCAGACAGGAACUCCGUUUAUGCCCGGGUCAGCAAAAAGCUCCGCCUUACCGACUCACCUGAGGAGAAGCAGGAGGGGCCGGAGGAGGCGGGGCCUCCACUGCCUGACAGGAACCCAGAGAUGGAUGGAUGAUGAAAAAACACAAACGUGGAGGUGAGAAGAUGAAGACUUCUGUUGGAAACAGAUGGUGAGGAAGAGGAGGACAGGAAACAGACUUUCACAAUAAAAGCUCCUCUGGUGAAGUUUUUUUUAAAGUCAGUGAAGUGAUUAUAAAAUGAAAAAUAAAGUUCACCUCAGGAGGAGCAACAACAUGCAGAUGAAGUCAAACGCAUGGCAAAUGACAUGACUCCUCCCACUGAUGCGUGACUCCCCCCACUGGUGUAUGACCCCUCCCACUGCUGUAUUACCCCUCCCACUGGUGUAUGACCCGUCCUACUGCUACAUGCCUCCUCCCACUGAUACAUGGCUCCUCCUACUGCCACAUGACCCGUCCUAUUUCUGUACAACUCCCCCCACUGCUACAUGACCCCUCCCAUUCCUACAUGGCUCCUCCCACUGCUAAAGAUUGCAGAAAAUUUACUACUUUUGCUUGUUUUGCUUUUUUAAGCGAUUUACUUUAAACUUAUAUAUUUUAAUAAUACUUUCGGGGAAAAUCUGACAUGUUUUUGCCCUUUGUGUGUGGAUAAAUAUAAUGCAGUAUCUUUUCCGUAA